AUGUAUAAUUUUCAUUUUGUUGUCAAUCCAAAAGAGAAAAUUUAGUUUUCAAAUCAAAAAGCAUAAAUUCAAAUCUAAAACAUUACUAGAUAUCAUUUAGCAUUUAAAGUAUUCUUUUUUAUAAUGAUAGUUACUUAGAUUAGAACAACAAACAAUGUUGAUUUUAAAGUGAUUGGAAAUAAAGGUAUCCUCAAUCCAAUGACUACAAAUAUAAUCCAAAUCAUAAGCAAUAAAGAAGUUGUAUAUAAUAAUAUUCUAGAAUAUCGUAAAAGCUAAAUUUUAGAUUAUGACAGUGAUUAUAAAUCCUAACGAUAACAUUGACACUGCAUUUUCAAGAGCGAAUUCAGAACAAAUCUAAAUGGAGACAUUGAAAACGAAGCCAACCUUUGGUGAAGACACUUAAUCUUUAAUUUCAGAUACUUCUUUUUUCAAAUCAACAGCAGCUCCUAGAUAAAUAGUUCCUCUUCCUCAUAUUGAUCAAAUUUAGGUUUCUACAAAUGAAAAGAAGGAUGAAUUCUAGCCAACUAUAUUACAUUUAUUGUUUGUUGGAGCAGCCUGCCUUUUAAUUGGCUACUUUACACAUAUGUUUAAAUAUGGUAAUAAGAAUUGUUGA